UUUACUGGACACCGAGCAUGCGUACCAUAUCUGAAAUUCAUGAAUUAAAAUUGAACAUGCGUGAUUAACUAUUCUAAAUAGGGGGAAAGAGAAAAAAAAGCCUCAGCAGAGCGAUUUGUAUAAGGAGCAUGCGCAUUAAUUCAUUCUCGGUUAUCCAUUCCCUUGUGUUUUCGACUGGGCCUAGUCUGUGGCUGGGGAUGUCAAUAGUAACAGUGCAGCUUGGACAGUGUGGCAACCAGAUUGGCUUUGAAGUGUUUGAUGCUUUAUUUAGAGACUCACACUGUUCCCAGGGACUCUGCUCUAAGAGAGAAAAUGAGGCAUAUCAAGCCUCCUGCAAAGAAAGAUUUUUCAGAGAGGAAGAAAAUGGAGUUCCAGUUGCCCGGGCUGUUCUUGUUGACAUGGAACCUAAGGUGAUCAAUCAAACGCUGUCCAGAGCUGCCCGGUCUGGCCGGUGGACAUACGGUCAGCACGCGUGCUUUUGUCAGAGACAAGGAUCCGGGAACAACUGGGCGUAUGGCUACUCUGUGCAUGGACCAAAGCAUGAAGAAUCUAUAAUGAACUUAAUCCAGAAGGAGGUGGAGAAAUGUGACUCUCUGAGUGGAUUUUUCAUCAUAAUGAGUAUGGCUGGGGGAACAGGAUCAGGGCUGGGAGCCUUCGUUACACAGAAGUUACAAGAUCAGUACCCCAGUUCCUUGAAAAUGAAUCAGAUUAUAUGGCCUUAUGGAACUGGUGAGGUUAUCCUGCAGAAUUACAACUCCAUCUUGACGCUCUCUCACUUGUACCGGUCCUCAGAUGCCCUCCUCAUCCAUGAAAAUGACGCUGUCCACAAGAUCUGUGCCAGACGGAUGAACAUCAAGCAGAUCUCCUUCAGAGACCUCAAUCAAGUUCUUGCUCACCAGCUGGGGAGUGUGUUCCAGCCCACGUACUCUGAGGACGGCUCAUUUCACUACCGCAGAAAUCCACUAGGAGACUUAAUGGAACAUUUAGUUCCCCACCCUGAAUUUAAAAUGCUGAGUGUCCGUAACAUUCCACAGAUGUCUGAGAACUCUCUGGCGUACAGCACAUUUACCUGGGCCGGCCUCCUCAAGCAUUUACGACAGAUGCUUAUUUCCAGUGCGAAAAUGGAAGAAGGUAUUGACUGGCAGGUGCAGCCUCCUUCCUCAGGCCUUCCACCUCUUGGCAAAAUGUCUGCCCACAAGGAUCCUCAUUUUAACACUUCCAUUGCUAACUUGGUCAUUCUCCGUGGGAAGGAUGUGCAGAGUGCCAACGUGGAAGGAUUUAAAGACCCAGCUCUCUACACUUCUUGGCUGGAGCCUCUUCAUGCUUUCAGCACGUGGAAAACCCAGCGAGCCUUCGGCAAGUAUGAGAAGUCUGCGGCACUGGUCAGCAAUAGCCAGCUCUUGGUAAAGCCGCUUGACGUGAUCGUCGGCAAGGCGUGGAAUAUGUUUGCAUCCAAAACACAGUUCCAGAAAGAAGAGCAAAUGGGAGUGCUGGCCUGGGCUUUGGAUGUUGCAAUGUCUCUUCUGGCCUGGGACAACUCUGCAGCAUGCAUACCAGCGAUUCCUCUUCUGACCACCAUGUUUAUCACACUUGAAUACUUGUCCAGUGUUUUGUUUUCAAACAUGCUCCAUAUGUCCCUCUCCCACUGUUCCCUUCCCAUGAGCCCGCAUCUGGCAGUCCACCCUAGCUUCGUCCUCCAUCUUCUUACUAAAUAUGGGUUUCUCAGCCGACAUGUCAUUUUUGAUGACUAAAUAUCUGAAAAGGCACUGUCUCAUCCCUCAUCAAUCAAAAAUAUCUUGUGUGUGUGGGGUUAGGAAUGUGAACUAAAAAAAACAGGGUCUGUAUUUUUUAUUUAAUAAUGUCCUGUUCCUACAGCCUGAUGCGAGGUCACCCUUAGCAGCAGACAGAACUCCACUUCUACAAGCAGGAAUGCAUACACAGGGAGCUGAGAUAAACCAUGCGGAUGCUUCCAGUUUCCUGGGAAACUGUCUGCCGGGUCGGGUUCGAGAAAAUAGGGAGUUCAAGCCAUGGAAACAAAGGAGAGAGGGAGAAGAUGCCCCCAACUGCAGCUUACAAGCAUUUCAAAAGUAAUUUGUUUUUGUUUUGGAGACAGGGCCAGGCUAACCUUGAAAUCACCGAGACCUGCCUGUCUCUGCUUCCCAAGUGCUGAGAUCACCAGUGUGCGCCACCACGCCUGGUCUUUAAAUUGCUGGCUUUACCUAAGGGCGAAGUCUAGGACUAGGUACCAAGAACAGUUUAAAAAAAGGCAGAGCCUAAGUGUUGUGGCCCUGUGAGAGCAGGAACAGAAACAUGGGGGAUUAAGAGGCGGCCUGGGCUCUAUAAAAAGCAAAAACUAAGAAAUUAUUUUAAACUCUUUAAAAGCUUUAAAUGGCGCAUCUCUGAGCAAGUAAUUCUGCUUUGUCCGAGUUCUCUCUUGCCAGUGAAGUCAUUGUCAUAGAUGUUUCUCUGGCUUUCUUGUUCU